AUGUCGACAUCGCACUCUCCGUCUGAUAGUGAGGUCGCACCACUAAUUCGUUCUAACACUCGUUCGAUGCGCCGUCCUAGCAAUGAGGCUUCAUCAUCUCGCCCCGUUCGGGCUUCCAUUCCCGAGCUAACUGAAAUUCCGAUCCGAGAUGGUAGGAAUAACGCUGCAACCGCCAUGGAAACCGGAGAGUCUUCUAAUCCCGAUCGCUCAAGGGGCGAGGAUCGCUUUGCCGCACCGGGCGUUUUCGUGAAUGAUAUCCAGCCUACCCUUGACCACAGAGGUCAGAUCGGUGGAAUUCCGACCUCUAGUACUGUGAGCAGCAUCAACGAGAUGCUCGACGUUUGCGGUUUGGGGAGAUCCGGGGUCAGUAUCCUGAUUCCGCAUGAGACUCAACGCCCGUGGACUCCUCCAAAGGGAUACAUCUGUCUGUACGAGAUGUACUUCACCCGCUGCCGCCUGUGGUUUCCUCUGCCCGAGCUCUUGUCCCUAUAUACUCAUCGCCGUAAACUGGCGAUCUCUCAGCUCGCUCCGGCCAGUAUUUGUAACAUCGUUGGAGUACUGACCCUAGCGUCUGAGGUCGGUACGAGGGUUCCCGUCAUGUGCUUUGAGGAGAUGACGGUAUUGAAGAAAUCCAGGGUCGCCGGCAAUUUCACCGUGAACAUGAGGGAGAAACAGAACGUCAUUCCCGGAACCCGAGUCAGCAAUUUCAAAGGCUGGGAAAAACGUUUCUUUUAUGUCCGAGCUGACUACCUCUCACUCGAAAAUCCUUUUGUUGGCUUACGCCGACGAUGGAAUAGUGAUCCGGAUCGCAUCCGAAACUUUUCUACGUUCCCAACGGAGUACUCCGGCAUUGUGGCAAGCCUGUUUAGCGGGGAGAAUCGAGUGUGGGACCAAUUUAGCCGAGAGCGAGUUGAAGAAGCGAUGGGAAGGAUCCCGAGAAAGUAUCCAAACUUCGCAGAGGAGCUGGCCAAAUCAUCAGGUACUUCGGUUACCGCCCUCCAGGCUCGGGAUGCCGAACUCGUGGUACCAACAACAACGGCUAUGGAGGUCGCCGUAGUCGAACCGGCUUCCGGAGGAGAGAUCGCCCCUACUGAACCUGCGAUCGUGGAUCUGGAAGACGAUGGUGGAGAUGAGGGCGAGGCUCCCGGGCAGGAAGUCGUAACUGCCGAACACGAGGUCGCUCUGUCUGAAGGAGACACGGCCGGAAGGAAGAAAAAGAAGAAGAGAAUCGACAAAGGCAAGGGAGUGGCUCUGGACUCUGGCAACCAGCCGAGCCGUAAGAGGUCGGCCGAAGCAGCUGACUUAGAGUCUUCCGAUCCUUUCCGAUUAACUCGGAAGGAUUCGAAGACAGACAAGUUCUGCUUCGACUACUUCGGAGAGAGCUCCGUAGCUGGCGAUCGUUACGCCUCGGCAGAAUUAUGCCGAAAUUUAAAGUUUUCUUCGGAGAUUCUGCCCGACCUCGACGAGCUGGAGUUCAAGGAAGAUUAUCUGAACUAUACUCGAUCCGCGUUGCAGUCGAUCGCCUAUGGCAACGCUCUCUUCUUCAAAUACGAAAAGAGGGUGAAGUCGCGCUCUACGGCGAAUCACGCCUUCUUGAUGAUGGAGAAAUGCGCCAAAGAGGCCCAGGACAAAGUGGUCAUGCUGCGGAAGCAAGUGGGGGGCUUGGAGGAACAGGCCAAGGUUCAAGAGGGAGUCGUCGCUUCCUUAGAGGAUACAAUUGCUGGCCUUCGGGCCGAGAAUGCAACCCUUGCUGCGGAGAAGGCGAAAGCCGAUGGCGACCUUCAGCUCCUUCAGCAAUUCUGCGAAUCCGAAUGCUGGCGACUUCGCCUAGAUCGGCAGGCUGUGGUUGAGCGCACGAGGAAGAAGGCCCAAGAUCGCCUAGAUCGGGUGAAGGCGUUCCUGGCCGAGCAAGAGGUCACUGUUCGUCCGAAGGAAGACCUGCUGAACCAGGCUCUUGGGGUCGAGGCUACGAUUGACAGGCUUGUCAAAGAGUGCCAUGCUCAGAUCCCCGAGGAGGAAAUUGCCAAGAUCAAGGCGAAGAAAGUCGAGUACAAGGAGGUUGCAGAUGCGCUUGACUAUCUCGUCCUCGACUCUGCCGAUCUGAACAUGUCUCCGGACCAGCUCGGCUACGGUCUUCUUCGGCCUGAGGAUCCCGCUCCCAGAUCUAUCCGUGAGCCACAUGGAUCGAAUGCUGCAGCCUUUCAGGCCGACCUUCGAGCUCCUGACACCAAUGAUGACCCCCCUUCAGACCCGGGCAAUCCUGAAGAUGGCGUUGAAGUCGUCUAA